UGAUAGGCGGCGCUAUACGAGCUGGUAGUAAAUUUUCAAGUAUUGCAGUUACACCGGCAGGAAAUAAGUACAGACAAGACGCGCAAAUACGGCAGAGAUACUGUAAAAUAAUGACAAGUGUGCGUAUGUGUGAUGGUGAGAGAAAGCUCAAUGUAAAAAGUAAACUGAACCAGUUGUACAUGUACAUAUGUACACCAGACUAAGCACACUGUGCAUGAGUUCAUUUUAACAGAGUAUACAUCAACAUAGAGUGAAAUCUUAUUUCAUAGUUUCGAAGAAAGGGGGCACCAGGCAGGAACUGUUCAAGUAGAAACUGUACAAAACAGCAAUAUCAGAAAGUUCCAGCAUUUUUAAGAACAUCCGAAGAACUAAACAUGUCGUCUCCACCUAAGAAGUUUGAGCAUCGACUGUCACUGAAGGAUGGCCUUCAAGGAGACUCUGUUGACUCAGGCUCCAGCACUCCUCAGGGUUUCCUGUAUGAGACCAAAUUUGUGGUGCUGAACUAUCUGGGGCUGGUACCGCCAGACCUGGAUCCUGGCUACUCCGAGUUUGACAUCCACUACGAGAGCUCUGCCAGUGCCACGCCCUUCAGCGUGUCUGAUGAUGACCGGUCUAGUGCCUCCAGCGGCUCUCGGCGGUCCAGUGACUUGCUGACUGUCAACACCAAGGCCAGGGCCCGCCGUUCUCCAAAGAUCAGCCCUCAGUCUUCUGCCUCUUCCAGCCAUCCGUCGCCGGCUGUCGUGAACUCGUCAGCAAGUGUCUUUGCUGGAUUUUCUGCUCCCCAGCCCAUUCCCUCAGCGGCACAACUGCCCCUGGCUCCGUCCUCAGAUUCCAUUACGGUCACCACAACCCAACAGAUUCACUCCAGGAGUUUUGUGGCGGUCAGCAGAACAGUGGUACACCAGGGGGAAUCUUUCGACAGUGACUUAUGCACUGACUCAUGUAUGGAUGGAGAGGAUGACUCCAGUCAGAGCCAGCCCCUCAGUGAGGGGUCAGAAGAGGACAGAUCUGGGGAAUGUCCAGUGAUUAAAAUAGAUGACGACAGUACGGGGGAUUCCUGGGAGCUUCAACAGAGACACAGGCAGGAGCUAGUGGAACCACUCCAAGAGGAAGUCCGGCAAGCCAUGGCCAAACUACAGGAUGAAUUUAAACAAGUUGUCGCAGCUGGAGAUGCCAGCGCACCCAUCCUCCCCUCUGCGAUCUGCCCGUUCAGCCGGGAGGCCCUCGUGGCGGAACGCAUCGCACAGAUCGGCGACAAGAUCAUGCAGCAACGCGGCGAUGAGCUGGAGAAGACCAUGCGCAUGCUCUUGGGCAGCCAAUCUGACAACAACCUGACCUACAGCCUCUUCAAGUCAUUAUUGAAACAGAUGAUGAAGAGCACAGCGCCCGGAUGGUAUCACCUUGCCUUGAUGCUUAAGUUCACUCAGCACAUGGCCCUUGGGCUGGUCAACAGGGGCGGACAGGGCUUUGGCUCGCUUACCAACUUUGCCGUCCGGUACAUCGAAGAGAACCUUGCUCAGACUAUUAUUGACCAAGGUGGAUGGGAUGCAAUGACAAAUAUCAACCUGGAGGACAUCAACACUGAGAUCCUAACUGAACUGUCAUCUGGCACUGCCUCCCCCAUCCCCCUCUCCUCCCAAGAAAGCCACGCCUCCCAAUCCCAGGAGCCCAUGUCGCCCGACGCCGGCACCCCGGUAGAUUCCCCCAACUGGCACACUGACCAACAGGCCCACUUCACGUCUUCGGGGGAGGAGGGCCUGAACCAGCUUAUUGCCCCUCCCCCGUCCACCUCGCCCGGGGAGAUCACGCACCGUAGCCGUUCGGAGUCGCGACCCGAGGACCUGGCCAGUCUCUUCAAGGGAGAGGCGAGCGACCCUCCCCUCAGUCACUCCGUGUCUAGCCCUACCAAUCUAGGAGACCGUCAUGGCAGCCCUGUGGAGGGACUCGGCGGGACGUGCUCUGCGCCGGUUUUGUUCACCUUUGAUGGCAGCGCUGCCGACGAAAGCCAAGUGUCCAUGAUGGAUGUUGACAGUCAGCCAUUGACAAGCUCUGGUGAAUGCUUGACCGAUGUCCGAGGUGGUGGUAGCGACAAAAGUAAGCAAGAUAGCGAUGGUGAGCAGAAAACAGGCAUAGGAAAAGUGGCAGCAGCUGUCAAAGGAGCUCUCUUUGGUACAGGAAAAAAUUGAUGUGUCCACUAUCUAAUGUCUUAAAUGUUGGAAUGAAAUAUUGGAUGCAUUACUUUAAUGUUACAAACAUGGGAUCCUUUGCCCUUCAAGAAUGUUGGACCUGUCCUGCAGUCACAGGUCUUGGCAAGAUUUUAUUUUUUCACCCUGCCCAUGUUUGAAUUGCAAAUGAAAUAUCUGUGCGAUAUAGACCAUGAAGAAUGUAGUCACCUUUUUAUUUUUCAAUAUUUUAACGAAUGUUAUAGGUGCGUUUAAAAAAUGUCAGCUGUCCUUGUUAUUCAUGUUUUAUUUUGCCUGGACUAGUUGUUUUCCUGUUUAUGAUCACUUUUUUUCUACUCUCAAAGAACCAUUCAGAUUCCCCCUUUACCAUAAAUUUAGUGACCAGGCUCUUAAUUUCCUCCCAGCAUUUCCCCCAAAAGGCCCCAUUAAGGGGCCUUGGAUCAUCAGGGUUAUUCAGCAAACUUAACAACAUAUCUCACAACAAACACUUUAGAAGUAUACCUUAAAUAAUAUCCACAAUAUCCACUAUUUCUUGAACUACUGAAACUACAUGUGAGUAAAUGUUGAUAUUUCAUGCACCAAGUAUUACUGUAAGUAUGGUUUCAGCACAUGAAACAUUCAUGAAACUUCACAUGAAGAAUAGUACAAAUGUACAGCAUGUUAUACUAUGGGUGUAAUCAAACCGAAUGUAGUUCGUCUGCUGAUUGUCUCGCAGCAGGCUGAAUUUCUUAAUCGUUAUCUUUGAGUGUUGGUCAGCAUAGUGCCCCACAGAUGUUAUAUGCUGUACAGGCUGGUGAGGAAAUUUCAGCUUAGCGCAUGGUGCGCUAAGACUCUAAGACUGAGGGCACAGCGCGCAAGAUGUUUUGCGCAUGCACACGUGUUUCCCUGCCAAAGGGCUGUCACCUACACUUAAAAACAUACAUCUGGUCUGGAUAGGCUUCUAUUCCCAUCCAGGUAAAUCAGACUAGAGAUGCCGUGACUGUGGUGGGACCACACCAAACAUGCUUUCUUAUACAUGUAUAUGUACAUGUAGUUGAUGUCUGAGUUUAGUGGGCAAGCCACCUAUUGGUCAAAGAGGCAUGCAGUGUGCGCUUAUCACCUGUCCUCAAGCACACUGCCAUCAUAGCAAUGCCAUCUGUAUGAGACAUGUACUUACAGCAUGCCAAAGUUUUUCUUUUUACACAACACACUGGGGUUACCAGAUUUUGAAAAAAAGGCUGUAAUCAUGCAUCUGAAGGAUUUUUCUCUUCAAAGGGAAACCCGACAUUUCAACAGUCUCCUGUCAAAACUGGCAAUUAACCAUUUUUCCAAAGGAAACGUGUUUUGUAAUAGACAUGGUCACUGCAGACCCCACACUCUUCAGUCUGGUGCAACAAAUCAGUAUGGUGCCUUGAUGAUUUGUCUAUCAUAAUGUUCUGAAUAAUAUGUACAUAUAUGACAAUUCGAUAAAAGAAAUAUGCGUCAACCAUGCAUAGUCCUGAAGUCUUUAGUGUUGAAAUAUGCCUGGCCUUGGUCAGGAGGAUUGUAGUACAUGUACCGGUAGGACUGAAUUAUUCAAAUCAAUAUCAGACAACUGAUAAUGUACAUGUGUACUUAAUGAACUGUCUGUUUACUGAAAGUUCACUUCCGAAUCCAGUAUUAUUUUUUUCUUUUUAAGUGUUUUGUCCUUUUUGUAAAUUUUUUUUGCCACAAAAGAAGCUGGUUAUGAAUACUUAUACGAUCGACCAACCCCUACAGACAUAAAGGAAUAUUCCUUUUUAUUUCUUUGUUUUUGAUUUUCUGUUGCAGUUAACAUGGCAUAUGUCUUGAAUGUUUAUUCAACACACAUGGAGUCUAUAUUAUCUCAGUAUCUACCAAAGUAAAGUGUUACCCUUUUUGGGCUGUCUUUCGUUUUUGAAUUUGUACUCAUAUGUGUGUGGAUGUUCGGAAGUUGAGCAUUUUACUUAAAGUUGCAGCUAUUUUUUUUAAUUUCAGUUGUGAUUAUUUUUGUAAAGGUAUUAUUGAAAAUCUAUAAAUCCAAUACGGUGUAAUAGAUAUGUAAUCGUAAACAACGUUUCAGAACAAAUUAAAAGUUAUCUGAGGGGUGAUAAACUAGAA